AUGCGCAGAAGGAGCACCAGCGGCCAGAAGGAGUCACCAAACGGCCAGAAGGGGCACCAAGCCGCCAAAAGGAGCACAACGCCCACAAAGGAGCACCAAGACGCCAGAAGGAGCUACCAACGGCCAGAAGGGAGCACCAAGCGGCCAGAAGGGAGCACCAAGCGGCCCAGAAGGGAGCACCAAGCGCCAGAAGGAGCACCAAGCCAAGGGAGCACCAAACCCAGAAGGAGCACCAAGCGGCCAGAAGGGAGCCGGAGCCAAGCGGCCAGCACAGGGGAGGGCACAACGCCAGAAGGGAGCCACCAAGCGCCAGAAGGCAGCACCAAGCGCCAGAAGGGAGCACCAAGCGGCCAGGAAGGGACACACCAACCGGCCAGAGGACACCAGAGGCCGAAGGAGCUACCAAAGACGGCCAGAAGGAGCACAAGGCAGAAGGAGCACAAAGCGCCAGAAGGAGCACCAAUUCGCCAGAAGGAGCACCAAGUGCCAGAAGGGGAGCACCAAGCGGCCAGAAGAGCCACCAAGGAAGGAGCACCAACGGCCAGAAGGGAGCACCAACCGGCCAGAAGGGAGCCACCAUGUGGACAGAAGGGAGCAGCCAAAAGCCGCACAAAAGGGGCACCAAAGGCCAGAAGGGAGCACAAAGCGCAAAGACACCAAGCGCUCAGAAGGGAGCACCAAACCGGCACAAGAAGGAGCACCAGCGCCAAAAGGAGCACCAAACGCCAAAGGGAGCACCAAGCGGCCAGAAGGGAGCACCAAAACGGCCAGAAGGAGACACCAAGCGCGCCAAAAUAG